GAGGUGGCGCGCAAAAGGCACCGCUAAAAACUGGGACCCCACGGCCCGUCUUAUCUGGAGAGAGAAGAAGAAGAAGAAGAAGAAAAAAAAAUAUUGUUAAAAAGGUACGGCUCCGCACCCAUCCAAGGCUCCAGCAGGAGAAAAAGUGCACACCUGCAACUAUUUCCCCCAGAGUGCUGCGGCCGGACAACUCACAGGAUGGAGUACGACCCAGAGAUUGGCCACAGGCCAGCUGGCCAUCAUGUUGACGAAAAAGAUCCCGUGGCCAAUGUUUCUGACGACACUUCUACGGAGCUGGCUACUGGACCAUCAAGCGGGCUGCUGUUCCGUCUUCGCAAGCUAGAGGCGCAUAUGGACAAGAAGCUUGGAAUCGAAUCUGAAGCCAUCAACCGCAAACUGGAGGAAGACAAAAAGCCAGUCCCAUGGAUCGAGGAACUGACAAUGGCCCUGCUCUGGGCUAGCGGGACUAUGAAUACGUCUUGCUUUGCGACUGGCUUCCUCGGCGCCCAGUUUGGCUUGAGCCUCAAACAGGCCAUUGUUGUUACAAUCUUUGCUUCGAUCCUUGGUGGCGCCAUCACCGGCUACUGUGCGACUUUUGGAGCCGCGACCGGAUUACGACAGAUCAGUGUGAGCCGAUACAGCUUUGGCUGGUGGCCAAACAAAGUCAUUGCGCUGCUCAACAGUAUCCAGCAGAUGGGCUGGGCGGCAGUGUCGUGUAUCACAGGGGGUCUGGCCUUGACUGCCGUGUCUGACGGCCAUGUCUCACUAAUCCUUGGUAUCGUCAUUCUGGCUGUCGUUGCUCUCGUCAUAUCAUUCAUUGGUUUGAAUGCUAUUCUGGUGUAUGAGAGAUAUGCCUGGAUCAUCUUUUUCGUUAUUUUCCUCAUCAUCUUCGGCGAAACUGGCAAAUAUGCGGACAACUCUUCGCCUCCGACUGCCACUGGAUCUACACUUACUGGUGCCGUCCUCAGCUUGUUGGCCAUUGUGUAUGGCUCAAGCGCUUCCUGGUGCACCAUGGUCAGCGACUAUUACGUUCACUAUCCGGCGAAUGUUAGCCGGCUCAAGGUCUUCCUCAUGACUACCUUUGGCAUUGCAAUUCCAACCUCUAUCGGUAUGGUUGCUGGCUGUGUUGUUGCCUCAGCUCUGGGCUCCAAGCCUGACUGGGCGGCUGCAUAUGAGGAAGGACUAGGCUAUCUGAUCCAAACUAUGCUCUAUCCGAGAGGAUUUGCCAAGUUCCUGCUUACCCUGCUCGUGCUCUCUGGCAUCAACACCAACGUUAUCAGCAUUUACAGUGCUGCUAUUUCGUUUCAGCAAUUAUCACGACCCUUUGCUCUCGUUCCGCGGUUUAUCUGGACCAUAUUCUGCUUUCUCUGCAUUCUGGCUUUAGCUCUUGGUGGCAGAGAGCAGCUGAAUGCUUACCUGCAGAACUUUUUGAGUCUUCUUGGAUAUUGGUGCACGAGCUAUGGUGUCAUCUUGUUUGAGGAGCACUUCAUCUUCCGAAAAGGCAACUUUGACAACUAUGACCUGGAAGGCUGGAAUGACCCUGCACGACUACCCGUGGGUAUUGGAGCCUCCAUUGCUUUUCUUCUUGGUGUAAUUUGCUGGUGCAUGGGUAUGGAUGAAACGUGGUUCGUUGGACCUCUCGCGAAACUCAUUGGCGAGUAUGGUGGUGAUGUUGCCAACGAGUUUACCUUUGUGGUAACAGCAAUUACCUACGUACCAGCGAGGUAUCUUGAGCUGAAGUAUAUCGGCCGGUAAAGUGGCUGAUGUGUAAAUACAAUGGCGGCUGCGCUUAUAUAUUCAACUCUUUUAUGACAUAACCCUCUUCUACCUUGGAGACAAAACCCCUUCAAGAGGUC